AGGCCUUGAAGUCUCGCGAGGUUUGAGUGAGAGUUCGCUCUAUAAGCUCGUGGAAAGCAGCGCGGAAGAUCCUUUCCCCCAAGAUGGCGCCGAAGGCGAAGAAGGAAGCCGCCGUCCCUCCCAAGACAGAAGCCAAGUCCAAAGCCUUGAAGGCCAAGAAGGCCGUGUUGAAGGGUGUCCACAGCCACAAGAAGAAGAAGAUCCGAACGUCCCCCACCUUCCGGCGACCCAAGACACUAAGACUUCGGAGGCAGCCCAAAUACCCUCGGAAAAGUGCCCCUCGGAGAAACAAGCUUGAUCACUAUGCCAUCAUUAAGUUUCCCUUGACUACUGAGUCUGCCAUGAAGAAGAUUGAGGACAACAACACCCUGGUAUUCAUUGUGGACGUCAAGGCCAACAAGCAUCAGAUCAAGCAGGCAGUGAAGAAACUGUACGACAUCGACGUGGCCAAGGUCAACACGCUGAUCAGGCCUGAUGGAGAGAAGAAGGCCUAUGUCCGCCUUGCUCCAGACUAUGAUGCGCUAGAUGUUGCCAACAAAAUUGGAAUCAUCUAAGCUGGGUCCAGCUCUCACUUCACCUACAAUAAAAAGUUUUCCAGUA